AGCUGUCACCGAUGACAGCUAGAACUGUCAACAAACCCUCUGCCUUUCCAAACUGUGAAAUUCACUCCUUGAACCAAUCAGUGUGCUCGUUCUCUGUUUCCGGCAUCUUGUGCUAUCGUUCAUACCGCAUUUAUUCUACUGCUUUGUGAAAAGUGGUGAAUUUAAUCUCGUAAAGACCAAAUCAGCAACGAAACGAUUGCAAGUAUGCCAGAAUUAACCGAAAUUACGGAAAGCACUGCUGCGGCCGCGGCCACCUCUGCAGCUCCAAGCACCUCCGCCGACAACACAGAGGCCAAGCUGGAGGAUGCCCCAAGUGAUACCGAAUCGGAGGACACAAUCCCAGAGCUGGAGGAUGCAGGUACCGCAGCCCAGCUGUCGUCCGGUGGCCUGCCCGAUCUGGUCUCCAAGAACAAGCAGUCCCGCGGCGAGAAGAAGGCCCGUAAAAUCAUGUCCAAGCUCGGCCUGAAGCCGGUGCAGGGCGUCAACCGAGUAACGAUCCGCAAGUCAAAGAACAUUCUGUUCGUGAUAAACAACCCGGACGUGUACAAGAACCCCCACAGUGACACCUACAUCAUUUUCGGCGAGGCCAAGAUCGAAGAUCUGUCGCAGCAGGCCCAGGUGGCCGCUGCCGAGAAGUUCAAGGCCCCGGAAGCUACCCCCGCCACUGGAGAAUCGUCCGGCGCUACCACCUCCGUCGCCCCGAUCGCCGAAGAGGACGAAGAGGAAGUGGACGACACCGGUCUCAACGAGAAGGACAUCGAACUGGUCAUACAGAACGCCAACGUACCCCGCGCCAAGGCCAUUCGGGCACUGAAGGAGAACAAUUACGACGUCGUGAAUGCGAUCAUGGAACUGACGAUGUAAGCAGGGACCUCGUGCCGAUGAUAGUUUUGUGUAUCACCUUGGUGCGUGGUCCGUGGUUCUCGCUUUCUCCCUGCCUCUUCUCCGCCUGCUCCCGUUUCAUUAAACUCCUACUAGUAGUAUAAAAGAACAAUAUAAUCGUACAGUUGGACACUGGAAAAAUGGAAA